UCGAUCUAUUUUUGCGUGGACUAAAAUGCUAAAUGGCUCAAAUCGCAAUCUUCCCUAGCUUUGAAGUGAGGGAUCGCUUCGCUUCGUCACCUCUUUGUCGUCUUCUUAACGCCAGCUACAGAUCAGAAUGAGCGAUGGCACCAAACUCAUUGCUGUGAUCGGAGACGAAGACACCGUCACGGGCUUCAUCCUUGCGGGCGUCGGUCACCGAACAGCCGAGGGAACUAACUUUCUCGUCGUCAAACCUUCUACGCCGAUCUCCGCCAUUGAAGCCAGCUUCCGAUCGCUCUCGAGUCGUGACGAUAUCGCAAUCAUCCUCAUCAACCAGCACGUGGCUGAGGAGAUCCGUCACCUCCUCAACACAUACGACAAGACUAUCCCCACGGUGCUAGAGAUCCCGAGCAAAGACUCGCCUUACGACCCUGCCAAGGAUUACAUCAUGAAACGGGUGAAUCUCAUGCUCGGAGAGUCGUGAACAACUUUUAGCGCCACGCCCUGCCACAAUAUAGCAGUAGCAAAACUGUACUGCAUAUAUGGCUGUGUAAGGCACGUGUUAUCUAUCGCGCGUGCGCUUCAAAAUGAUUUUUGUGCUUCUCGGCGUCUUUUAGUCCUGAUUUCCAUGUACAGUACCCUGAGUUUCCAUUGACUAAGAUCGCUACGUGAAUGAAUGCAACUAACGCUCUUGGUAGCUUGGAAAUCAAUUGAUGCACUAUUACACGGC